AUGUCGGAACCAUAAGUAUAUAAUAAAUUAAUUAGGUUAUAUUUAAUGUAGCCAAAAAUGAAUAAGGCCAUCCCAGUCAGAAUUACAAGAAGCUUGUUAAAAAGUAUAAGAGUUAAUAUAAGUUUGGCUUAAACAAAGAUGACUUAGUUAUAGACAAAAUCAGAAAUGCCAAUUUACUCAUUUUUGCUGGGUCCAGAGCUCCCUUUACUGAAAAAGAAAUCAAAUGCCUCGAAGAAUAUCUCAAUGGCAGGAGGCAAUGUAUUAAUCUUAUUCUCUGAUGGUGGUGAGAGUAAGUCUACUAGCAACUUAAAUGCAUUCAUUGAGAAAUUUGGAAUCUAUGUGAACAACGAUUGUGUUGUAAGGACAUGCUAUUUUAAAUAUUUUCACCCAAAAGAAGCAUAUAUUUAAUAAGGAGUUAUCAAUCAAGAAAUAGUUCGUGUGAUUAAUGGUGAAUAAAGAGAGACUAGAAAAAACAAGGCAUCCACACCAUACCUCUAAGGAGUCAUCGAGAUGGAAGAUACUGAAAUUAACAAUCAAAGUGGCCUCGACUUUGUCUAUCCCAACGGAGCCACUCUAAUUGUGAAGGACAAGGCCUUCCCCAUCCUAUCCACUGGCCCUAUGUCUUAUCCAUGCGAAAAACCAAUCAUGGCCGUCAAUCAAGAAAAGGGUAAACUAGUAGUCGUAGGCUCAACCGACAUAUUCAAUGAUGAAUACUUUGAGAAGGAUGACAAUCAAAAGAUUUUUGACUUCCUCUUAAAGUUCUUCUUAACAAAGGAGGUUGAAUUCGAUAAGAAAACUCCUUUCGCUGAAAACGAUUGCAAAAAUGCCCCUGAUAUUGCAGAGCUAUCUGAUAAACUAAAGAGUUGUUUACAAGAAAGUGAAGAACUACCAAAAGAUGUGACAACCUUGUUUGAUUCAACCUUAUUCAAAUUUGAUCUAGAUCUCAUUCCAGAUGCAGUCAAGCUAUAUGAGACUCUCUAGGUCAAGCAUGAACCACUGACUCUUAUAGUUCCCCAAUUUGAAACUCCCCUAUUGGGAUUACAACCAGCUGUCUUCCCGCCUAUUCCAAGGGAAUUACCACCUCCUCCUCUUGAGUUGUUUGAUUUAGACGAGGAGUUUGCUUCUGAAAAAACUCGUUUGGCGUAAUUGACAAACAAAUGCACAAAUGAAGAUUUGGAAUAUUACGUAAAAGAGGCUGGAGAUAUCAUAGGAAUCACAGAUAAAUUAAAGAAUAGACAAAAGGCAUAGUCAGUAAUCCAUUAUGUUCUGGAAAAUUUAAUCAAUUUUAAAAAAUUAAAUUAAGGUUGAGCUUUAUUAAUAAAUAAAUAUAAAGUUACAUCUAAUUA